AUGAGCGAUCGUUUAAAUAAAGAAAAACAAGAAGCACAUUUUUAUGAAAUUAAACUUCAAGGAAAUCCUUGGAUUUAUGUUCUAUCAGCACCUUAUAAUAAUGGAUGGUAUCUAUUAACAUCAACCCAUAUUUCUAAAAAAACAUUAGAUAAAGAUUCAUUAGUUUUUCAACUUGGAAUACCUCCAAGACUAACAUCAUCUUUUUCUGUAUCAUUCAAUGAUUAUGAUCAGUUACGUUUAAUUUGUGCUCUAUCUAUAUUAAUUCCAUCAGUAUAA